UAACUUAUUUCCAGAUAAAAAUCUUCCUGCAAAAAAUCCUCCAACUGAAAGACUCCUUAGAAUCGUGAAGCAAAUCCACACCUUUACAUUCAAAACGGGGUUAAGUUCUGACCCAUAAGUCGCCGGAAAGCUUCUUCUUCUACAUUGUGCAGUCACACUUACUGGUUCUAUUCACUAUGCUCGACGCCUCUUCCUCGACAUUUGAAACCCAGAUGUGUUCAUGUGCGAGGAAGUUAAGGAUGCAGAGCAAAUCUUCCACUGUAUGCCCAUUAGAAACUUGACCUCGUGGAAUCACACUUGCAAGGUACACUAAAGCAGGGAGUUACGCCGGGAAGGGAUGAGACCAAAUGAGGUAAGUCUCACAGGUGUGCUUUCAGCAUGUGCACAAGCUGGGGCAUCUGAGUUUGGAAGAAUCCUACAUGGGCUUGUUGAAAAAUUUGGCUUGCUGCAGAUUAUUUCAUUGAAUAACGCACUGAUUGAUACUUACUCUAAAUGUGGGAAUUUGGAUAUGGCUCGUUAGGUCUUUGAUAAUAUGCUGGAAAGGAGUGUCGUCUCUUGGACAGCCAUGAUUGCGAGGCUCGCAAUGCAUGGCUAUGGGGAGGAAGCAAUCAGAUUAUUUAAUGAGAUGGAAGAGUCUAAUAUUAAGCCCGACGGUAUUACUAUCAUAUCCAUCUUGUAUGUCUGUAACCAUGCCAGAUUAGUUGGUUUGGGAUGUUCUUAUUUUUCUAGGAUGGUGAAUACUUACAAUAUUGAACCCGUAAUUGAACAUUAUGGUUGCAUAGUUGAUCUUUAUGGUCGUGCUGGUAAGCUGCGGCAAGCUUUUGACUUUGUGUGUCAAAUGCCAAUUUCACCCAAUGAUAUUGUCUGGAGGAUUCUUCUUGGAGCUUGUAGCAUUCAUGGUAACUUAGAUCUGGUAGGGCAAGUAAAGAGACGACUCUCCAAACUUGACCCCAAAAAAUCUAGAGAUCAUGUUCUUUUGUCAAACAUUUAUGUUAUUGCAGGGAAAUGGAAGGAUGUUGCCAAUUUAAGAAGAUCAAUGACUUACCAUAGACUUAAGAAAACUCCUGGUUGGAGCAUGAUCGAAGUCGAUAGAACCAUGCAUAGUUUUGUUGCAGGAGAAAAGCAAAACGACACCGCAGUAGAGGCACAUCAAAAGCUAAGGAAGAUAAUGUCGAGACUAAGGAUAGAAGGGGGUUAUGUACCAGAAGUUGGAAGUGUAUUGCAUGAUAUAGAAAUGGAAGAGAAGGAAGACCCUGUUUCACAGCACAGUGAAAAACUAGCAGUAGCUUUUGGGAUAGCGAGACUACUGAGAGGAAGAGCCGUAAGACUGGUGAAGAAUUUAAGAAUUUGUAGGGACUGUCACACUGUAAUGAAACUGAUUUCUAAGGUCUAUGAAGUAGAAAUUAUGGUGAGAGAUAGAAGUCGCGUCCACUCCUUCACACAUGGUUUUUGUUCAUGCAGAGAUUACUGAUAACUAAUCAAGAGUACUACACUUGAAAUUCACAUCCCAUGUCAAAAGGAGAAUCCUGCUAAUGAGCUGAUAUUAGAAUCGAACUAGAAAAUUGAUCACUCCUUGAUCAGUGGAAGUGCAAGAGAUUAGUGGCCCUUGCAAAAGUUAGCUAUUGUUGAGUGAUUUAUUCUUUUAUGGAACGUUACAAUCAAAGAAAUUCAAAUCUAUAGUGUAUAAAUGGAGUAUUGAUAUUUGAACACUUGAACCAUAUUCAUGUUGGCAUCGUUUAAUUUACAACUAUGAUUACUAAAUUAAAAUUCUCA